CUCUGUGGGAUAAUUGUUUAUAUUUACAUUGGCAAGGAGGAUGCCUAAAAACAUCCUUGGGGAGGAACUUCUCUCUCUAUUCUCUCUAACUUCUAACUUCUCGCCGCCGGUCACCACCUCCCUUUUGUUUUUUGUUUGUUCUUGUAUAAUAAAUUCGAUCUUGAAGAUCGAUCUAAAUUUCCGGUAGCGGAUAUCAUCUUCGCUUGGCGAUCUUUUUGUGGUGUUUUAGUUUAGUUUCAUCUUCCCUUCUCUUUUGAUUUUCACCCUCUUUAAAUCCCGUUUGAUAUUGAGGAGAUGAUGGUUUUACUCCGGUCAUUCUCAUGGCUAAUAUUUGAAAAGAAUCCAUCUUUGCUUUCUAAAAUAUUGGCAUGUGCCUCUAAGGAAAGUAUCUGAUCAAAUUUAGUCAGUGAAUUUAUUGAUUUUGCUUGGGAAUUUUCAGAAGACUCAGUAGAGUUGAAGUUUCUCAUAUAGAGAAGUGUUUCAACAAAGUCUCUUUCCGGGAUUCUUAUGAAGCUUUUCACUGCUGUUUACAUCCGGAGGAAGUCUUGAAAUCUUCUUAGUCUCGACGGUAGAUAGGGGAAAGGGGAAGCAAGUGGAUCAAACCGGAGGAAUCUCACCAUGGUUGGAGAGUAGUUUUUGCUUCUAGCCGGAGAAGAAGAUCGGUGGGAUCUCAAGCAAACCAAGCGACGGCUCAUCCUUCAACCGAUGCGUAGAGCGACACGUGGAAGAGCUUCCAGAGAGCUCGAUUUGAACAUGUGUUAUUGAUCUUAUCUAAUUUUGUUGGGCUUGGGUGGGUUUGUUGUGUGAUUGGACUGUGUUCAUAAAAGAUCCACUUGUACUCGUGUUAGCCUAAUGGCAAGGAACAGUGUUUGAACAUUGGCAAGGAACAGUGUUUGAAGCAAAUUAUUAAGUACUUUUUAGGAUAUAAUUUUUUUUUUUGUCACUUAUUUUUCAGAGAGAAAAUUAGGAAAAAGUUCAAAAGAGAAAAGAUUAAUGAUGGAUGUAAUGAUGAUGAGUCAUCACUUUAUAAGACCAAAGCCUCAUUACGGUAAAAUGAAAUAAAUAAAUAAAACACAAUGAAGAAGGCAAAGUAAAGAAGUUGUUUUUGCUUUUCUUUUGGUUUGUGUGGUUCAUUAAUUCAUUCAUCUCUGAAUCUUCUUCUUUUUUCUGCAAAGGAACGAACACUCUUCAUCACCGCCAUAAUCUAUUUUAUCUCUCAGAAGAAGAAUCCGACCGACGUGGUUCAAUAUCAAGCUCUCACCUUUUUUUGAAGUCGGAAAACAAUGGUUUGAGUUUCCGGGGAUGGUGAAAUUCGCAGAGGCGCUUAGAGUGAUGCGGUUGUCAAGAUAAUAUAUGAGCUUAUUCAACUAAGGUUAUUUGGUUCAUGGCUUCUUGUUAUUUAUUAUCUGGUUAUCAAGCUUCCAAGAUGUAGCUUCUCAGUAUAAAGUUAAUGACCACAGUAGCAAAACCACUACCUUUGAGUUAGCAAAUCCACCUGGUACUGGAGUAUCCGGCCCCAUUCAAAUAUCACCUUCCGUCAUCCCCAAAUACGAAUCCCCUCCUCUCCCUUGGACACCACCAAUGUACCCUACUUUCCCUGAUACAUACCAACCAAAGCUAACCGGUAAAUGCCCUGCAGACUUCCAAGCAAUCUCAAGCGUUAUAGAUACAGCAGCCUCUGAUUGCUCCCAGCCGUUCGCCGCACUCGUGGGAAACGUUAUAUGCUGUCCACAGUUCGUUAGCCUGCUUCAUAUUUUCCAAGGACAGCACAAGUCAGAUAAGUUGGUUCUGCCUGAUGCGGUUGCUGCAGAUUGUUUUUCAGAUAUCGUUAGCAUCCUCGUCAGCAAAAGAGCCAACAUGACAAUACCUGAGCUUUGUUCUGUAACGUAUUCGAAUCUUACUAGGGGUUCUUGUCCUGUGCAAGAUGCGGCAGUGUUCGAGAAAGCUGUUAACGGUAGCAAAUUACUUGACGCGUGUCGCACUGUUGACCCUCUUAAAGAGUGUUGCAAGCCGGUUUGCCAAGGUGCGAUUAUGGAAGCUGCGCUUGCUAUCUCUUCAGGAGGAUCAAACAACAACGUCAACGCGCUUAACGACUGCAAGAAUGUGGUGUUUUCGUAUAUCUCCAGGAAGCUUCCUGCUGACAAAGCAAACACAGCGUUUAGAAUAUUAUCGUCUUGCAAAGUCAACAAAGUUUGCCCCUUGGAGUUUAAGGAGCCAACGGAAGUGGUCAAGGCUUGCCGUAAUGCGGCUGCUCCAAGCCCUUCUUGCUGUACCUCCUUGAAUUCAUACAUUUCUGGGAUACGUAACCAAAUGCUGAUAACAAACAAGCAGGCCAUAGUCUGCGCAACGGUCUUCGGUUCUAUGUUAAGGAAAGGUGGUGUCAUGACAAAUGUCUACGAGCUUUGUAAUGUCGAUCUCAAAGAUUUCAGUGUCCAAGCAUAUGGAAUGCAACAAGGUUGUCUUCUCAGAAGCUAUCCUGCAGACUUGAUAUUUGACAACACAACAGGGUACAGUUUCACAUGUGACCUGACGGAUAAUAUUGCUGCGCCGUGGCCAUCUUCAUCGUCAGUGUCGUCUUUGUCUCUCUGUGCUCCUGAGAUGUCAUUACCUGCCUUGCCAACAUCGCAGCAGACCCAUAAAAAUCACGGGUUUCACGAUGAGGCGUUUGGAGCGUUGCGUCUCAUAAUUAUUUUGGUCUCUGUGGUGUAUGGUGCUGCGAGACAUCAAAAUGAGAUUUAGGAGGUUUUGGUUUUUUUUUGUAGUUAGUGAGGACUUUGGAUAAAAACAGUGGCAAGCUCAUUUUUUAUUUUCUUCUGUAUAUGUUUUGUUGUUAACAGGGUAAGGGGUGAUCAGUAAUAUAUCUUCUUAGUCUCUCUCUCUCAUGUAUAUCAUUCUUCUUCUUCCCUUGUUUGUUCUUUCUACUUUUGCGUUUGAUUUAAGGUUAAUCAUGUUUAGUGAUCAA